CGCAGCGGCCCCGCGAGGAGGAGGAGGAGCCGCCGCCGCAGCAUCAAAGAGACCGAAUUCCCGCGGCCUGGGGGGGAGUCAUGCUUUGCGGUCUGUAAUGUCAGCAGAACAGGAGAAGGAUCCCAUUUCGCUGAAGAGAGUUCGAGGUGGUGAUAGUGGACUGGAUGGGUUAGGAGGACCAGGUGUACAACUAGGAAGCCCAGAUAAGAAAAAGCGCAAGACAAAUACCCAGGGGCCUUCUUUUCCUCCAUUGUCUGAGUAUGCUCCACCACCAAAUCCAAACUCUGACCAUCUAGUGGCUGCUAAUCCAUUUGAUGACAACUACAAUACUAUUUCCUAUAAACCACUACCUUCGUCAAAUCCAUAUCUUGGUCCUGGUUAUCCUGGCUUUGGAGGCUACAGCACAUUCAGAAUGCCACCUCACGUUCCUCCAAGAAUGUCUUCCCCAUACUGUGGUCCUUACUCACUCAGGAAUCAGCCACACCCAUUUCCUCAGAAUCCUUUGGGCAUGGGUUUUAAUCGACCUCAUGCUUUUAAUUUUGGGCCACAUGAUAAUUCGAGUUUUGGAAACCCAUCUUAUAAUAAUGCAUUAAGUCAGAAUGUUAACAUGCCUAAUCAACAUUUUAGACAAAAUCCUGCUGAAAACUUCAAUCAGAUUCCUCCACAGAAUGCUAGCCAAAUAUCUAACCCUGACUUGGCAUCUAACUUUGUCCCUGGAAAUAAUUCAAAUUUUAGUUCUCCGUUAGAAUCUAAUCAUUCUUUUAUUCCUCCCCCAAACACUUUUGGUCAAGCAAAAGCACCACCCCCAAAACAAGACUUUAGUCAAGGAGCAACCAAAAACACUAAUCAAAAUUCCUCUGCUCAUCCACCUCACUUAAAUAUGGAUGACACAGUGAAUCAGAGUAAUAUUGAAUUAAAAAAUGUUAAUCGAAACAAUGUUGUAAAUCAAGAGAAUAGCCGUUCGAGUAGCACUGAAGCUACAAACAACAGCCAUGCAAACGGGACACAGAAUAAGCCACGACAACCUAGAGGUGCCGCAGAUACAUGCACCACUGAGAAAAGCAGUAAAUCCUCUCUCCACCCAAGCCGUCAUGGGCAUUCUUCUUCUGACCCAGUGUAUCCUUGUGGAAUUUGUACAAAUGAAGUGAAUGAUGAUCAGGAUGCCAUCUUAUGUGAAGCCUCUUGUCAGAAAUGGUUUCAUCGGAUCUGCACUGGAAUGACUGAAACAGCUUAUGGCCUCCUAACAGCAGAAGCAUCAGCAGUAUGGGGCUGUGAUACCUGUAUGGCUGACAAAGAUGUCCAGUUAAUGCGCACUAGAGAAACUUUUGGUCCCCCUGCAGUAGGCAGUGAUGCUUAAUCACAGGCAUUAACUACAGUGGUUUUUUUCUCCUGUGUAUUACAGAGGUUCAGUGACACAGGAUUUUAAUGUUUUACAUUAUUUUUUUAAAUGCACACACAAAAAAUUAUUUACCUUUUAGUUUUUAUUAAUAACCACUUCAUUGCUAAUGCAAACUGUAUUGUUUUUGUUUGCUAUCUUAAAUAAGAAUAAUGUAUAUGGGGUGCAUUAGAAAGUAAUAUACAAAUAAAUUUUAGUUUGUAAUCAUGAACAUAAAAGCCUCUUGAAGCUUCAAGAUAAUAUAUAGCAAAUGUAGGCAAGUUUUGACUUUUAAAAGUUAGAAUCGUUGAAAAAUGUAUCAGUUGACCCUUGAACAACACAGGUUUGAACUGCAUGGGCGCACUGAUUUUCAAUAAACACAUACUAUAGUACUACAUGAUCCACGGUUGAUUAAAUCCCAGGAUGCGGAACCACAGCUUUGGGGGGCUGACUAUAAAGUUGUAUUCAGAUUUUUGACUGUUAGGGGGUCGGCACCCCUAGCCCCCGCGUUGUUCAAGGGUCAAGUGUAUUCCAGUAAUGAACUUCGGCAAUAUCAAAUUAAAUAUUUAGUUCAAAAAAAUAUUUGAGGAUCCAUUUAACAUGUUUUCAGAAAGAAUAUAUGUAGCUAAAACAUGGAAGAAAGCAUACAUUUUAAUGAGUGUUUUAAAAAAUAAUAGAGUAUGACACCAGAUUCGUCCCAUAUUAGGGCCCUUGAAAUUAGUGACCUUCAUAUUAUCAACUCAGUCUUUCCAGGAUGUCUGUACAGACAUGAGACAGAUGUUAGCAUAUAGUAGAUGUUCAAUAAGUAUUGAUUAACUUGUGGAUUGUACCACAUGAAAUUGCUAACAUUAGAUCAGUUGAAAAUUGACUACAGUUAGUAGAGUUGUCAUAAAGGACUUUUUAGUUGUGCUAUUUAGAAAUAUAACAGUAUUAUGCUCUUCACUCUUCAAUUUGAUUAUUGAGUUGUUUUGUUAUUGUUUUCCAGAGAAAUAAAUAAUACAGUAUCCUCAGAAGAAUUGUGAAUACUUUUCUUAAUAUCAUUUCAAACCAGGGACAUAUUGCAAAUGAGAUAGGUAGAAACAUCAAUUUGGCCUUAGAGGGCUCUGCUGGCAAAAGAGUGGUGGGUUGAAAAAUCUCGUUCUGGGGAUCUUAUUAAGAUUAAAGAUUAUUAAGAUUAAAAAUGAGCCUCAGGGGAGUUCAAAAUCCGUUUUAAGCAAAGGUCAAUUAAGAGCCAAGAUGAGAGCUUACUCACAGUUCGAGGCCCUGCAGCAGACAGGAGUUUCCGCUGUGACUGGGGAAAGAGUCAAAAUGGACCUGAGAGUAUUCUCUUUGAGAGAUGAUUACGAAUGGAGACAGUUGGAGGUGCACUCAUUAAGAUUUGAAACAAGAGAAGCCUGUUUUUGGAGCGGAUCAUAACCUGUGACCCAAAAAAGGGAUUCUAUAUGACAAUUGAUAAUAAUUUAUACAAUGGUUGGAUGUUGGUAAAUCUCCCAAACUUGAACCAUCGUUGUGACCAAAAAAGUUCUGAAGACUAUGUGGUGACCUGCAAAAGGGAUAAUUUAAACCUUGGUGAAAUGACAGCAGCAGCAAUAUUGCCAAGAAAUUUAAAUUAUGCAUGAAAAUUUUGAUUAUAGUCCUUCGGUUAAUAAACAUGAACCCACACUUUUACAUGACAGCACUGGUGUCACAUGUCACAAGCCACUAAAGCAAAGUUAAUUGAAUUAUUCAAUUCUGUUGUUUACAUUGUAGUCACCAGAACUUUAUCCAGUGAACUGGUGUAGUUUUCAUCAUUUGGAGAUUUUUCUAAGAAACUUCAUAUUCUCCAGUUGAAAAACAGUAAUUGGAGGGUUUGAACAGUUUAUACAGCCUAGCAAAUGAUGAAUUUUAUAAAAAUGAAAUAUUUAAUGUCCUAUUAGAAGAAAACUAUUAAUGCUUGUGAUGUGUAUUUUGAUUGAAUAAAACUUAUUUUUUUAAGU